AUGGCGUGCAGUCAACGUGCCUCCGACCCUUGCCUACGGGCGUGGAUAUGGGCGUGGGUUUGGGCGUGCGUGUGGGUGUGUGCAUGUUCCGGCUCGUACAGAGAAGUGGCGCCGUGUACGUUUAACCUCAUGUGUACGUGUCGGUACGCCAGUGACGGCACGAUACCUGACCUAACCAUGUCACCUACAGCGCUGGACCACAUCACGGAGAUGACCUGUGUGGGUGUACCCUUCGCCCGGAUACCUGGUAUCCCGCCCGGCCUGGUGCUACAAAUGGACCUGGUGAACUCUGGGCUUGAGGUGAUUGCUGAUGGUGAUUUUGGUGACACGAGAGUAGGCAACCUGCGCCUGAUGUCGAACAGCAUACGUCUUAUUGGUGAUAAAGCCUUCAGUGGUAUGAGUCACUCUCUACAGUCACUGGACCUGAGUUUCAACGAGCUGACAGCUGUCCCUCGCCAGGCUCUCAGACCGCUCAAGGCUCUCGAGUGGAUCAACCUGCAUGGGAACCACAUCGCGGAGCUGCUGGCGGAGGACUGGGCGGGGCUGCGGGACACCCUGGCCACACUCUUCCUGGGGGAGAACGACGUGGACCAUGUGCCCCGCGACGUGUUCUCCAGGUGUAAGCGGCUCCUCUGGCUGAACCUGGACGACAACAACAUCCUGGCGCUGGAACGAGACUCCCUCUCCAGGAAUAUUCAGACUCUGAGUCUCAACCACAACCUACUGACAGGCUUCCCCUCAGAGGCCGUCAGUAGCAUCCGGGACCUGACGUGGCUGUUCCUCAGAGGAAACCUUCUUGAUAGGCUUCCAGACACUGGCUUCAUCGUUCAGAAGAAACUGGACAAGUUAGAUCUCGGGGAAAAUUUCAUUCGGUUUAUUCCAAAUAAUCUCUUCAACGGCUCUCUCACUGUUCGAGACCUUCAUCUGGAUUUUAAUCUCCUGACGGAAAUUCAAGACAGCGCCUUCCAGGGCCUCAACCCCGGGCGGCUCUACCUCUCAGCCAACAACAUCUUCAACAUCACCGACAACGCGUUCUUGGGCGGACCCGAGAACUCCCUGGUGAUGGUCGACCUCGAGAAGAACAGGUUACAGACCGUUCCUAAAGCUCUGUCUCACCUAAAGAGACUCCGUUACCUCUAUCUACCCGAUAACCAAAUUGCUGCCAUCAAAGACGACGCCUUCCGGUCCUUCUGUGAGUCUCUGGAGUCCUUGAGUCUGUCCGGGAACCAGCUGAAGGCCAUACCUCGAGCCUCCCUUGAGAACUGCAGCACCAUCGCCCACCUCAACCUCGGUCACAACCAGAUUACCGAGAUCCUGGAGGAGGACUUCGAGACGUGGGGAGACAACCUGGACACUCUCGUACUGAGGAACAACAGAAUUUUCAAGAUUCCGCCACACGCCUUCAGACACGCUCCAAAACUCCGGGAGUUGAGUCUCUCCUUCAACAGAAUAGUUGACAUCAAUCCCGAUUCCUUCAUUGAUGUUCUCAACACACUGGAAAUCCUCGAGAUCAGCUUCGGGUUCUACAGGGAUGAUUAUUUCCCCGAGGAGGUCCUGAAGCCGCUCACGUCGCUACAGUGGAUCGCCCUCGACAACAAUAACUUUAGAACCAUCUCAGAGACAGCCUUGUACUCAUUCGGUGAGCUGCGCUACUUCAACAUGGACUCCAACCGCCUCUCACACAUCCCCAAGACGCUCUUCCACCAGAACGUCCACAAGAAACUCGGCGACAUCAGACUGGCGCUCAACUUCCUGGAGCGGGUGGAAGUCCACACCUUCGCUAACCUCGACAACUUGAGAACUCUCGUCCUCACCAGCAAUAAAAUCAAAACUCUCCACUUUGAGUCGUUUAAGGGACUGCCCAAACUUAACACUGUUCUGCUCAGCGAUAACCAAAUCGAGCAAAUUGAGCCUCGGGCGUUUUCUGAUAUUCCCAAUCUGAUGGAGCUGGAUCUUCAACACAAUCGGCUGAGGGAGUUCUCUCUGGCUGCCUUCACUAACGUGAGUACCGCCAUAGACGCUCUGGCCAUCAAUGUCUCCUCCAACAAGAUCAAAGAACUGAGUGUCAGCUCUGGUCCGGCGCCGAAUAUCAAGAGCUUCGACGUCAGCCGUAACGAACUGAAGGAGGUGCCUGUCAACUUCCUGGGAUCCAUCGCGCUCUCUCUUCAGCGUCUUUAUCUUGGUUACAACAAAAUCAAGAAGCUAGACAGCAGCGCCUUCGGGGAUCUCGAGAAACUCCAGAUGUUGAUCCUCGUCCACAACGGUAUCGAACAAAUUCGGUCAAGAGCGUUUGCCUCCCUGGAGAAAGUCCAGUUCAUGGACUUGAGUCAUAACCAUCUUAAGAACUUACCACCCGAGUGUUUCACCGACGUAACCUUCUUACGAGUCCUCGACCUCUCCAACAACGAGCUGCGGUCUCUGCCCAACUCCGUCUUCCGCGGCACACAGCUGGAGAAACUCAAACUCUCCCACAACGAGUUCGUCUCCAUGCCCACGGCAGGAUUCGCGGAGGUGGAGACAACGCUACACUACCUCGACAUCUCCCACAACCACCUUGAACACCUCGACAGCACCAUGUUCGACAGCUUCCCCAACCUCAUCGAGCUGAACCUGGCUACCAACCGCCUCACCAUCCUCCCCGACAACGUCUUCGUCAGCCUCACCAGACUCAUCACUUUGGACCUGAGCGGCAACCCCGUCCGUGCCAACUUCAAGGAGCUGUUCCACUACACACAGAACGUCCAGAAACUCAACAUGGCCAACAUCGGCUUCAGUUCGUCUCCCAUCAUCCCGCUGCCCAACCUCAUCUCCCUCAAUUUGUCCUCCAACCACAUGUCUGAGAUCGAAGUGCAGAGUAUCGAGAGCCUAUACCAGUUGCGCUCCCUUGACCUCUCUUACAACGACCUGCCGCAGGUCCGCUCAAGGCUCUGGCGACACAUGCCCUUCCUCAAGUUCCUCGACCUCUCUUUUAACCCCAUAGAGUCGUUGACGAAGGACAGUUUCGGCGGGGCGUCCAGUAUCGAGACACUAGUACUCAGUAACCUGGACGAGAUCAAACGCUUCGACUACGACGCCCUGUCUCACAUGACCUUCCUGAGAGAGUUGUAUAUGAACACCUACCCACGCAUCGAGAAGUACAGGUUCCGUACGGGUCACCUGCUGGCUACGGUCCACACCCUGCAGAAGCUUCACUUGGAGGUUCGUGAGAACGCCCUUACGGACCAGAUCACGGGCGCCUUCGGUCCUAAACUGAAGGAACUCCACAUCACCGGCAGGAACCUGAAGGAUAUCGACUCCAAAACCUUCCGAGGAUUUCAAAACAAACAUGAAUUAUUGUUGAGUAUUACGGACACGUCGAUCCAGUCACUACCAGACGGCCUCCUGACGCAGCUCUCAGACGUGGCUUACCUCUCCCUCAACUUAAGGCGGAACCAACUCAAGUUCCUCAACCCCCACGUGCUGUAUGAGAACGGCUCUGAGUGGGAGAGUAGGGGCACGACAUUUGUUGCUGGUGGACUGGCGCUAGAGGGCAACGCUUGGACGUGUGAGUGUUCCCUGGUCUGGCUGGGGCACUGGCUGAGGAGGUGGCUGAGGGAGACGCUGCAGAUACACACAGCUAUGCUUAAGGGCGCCCAGCAGGUACACACUCUGGCACGGGCGGCAACAUGUUUUGAACCCACCACAGGUCAACAAGUUCCCCUCCUUGACCUACACUCCGAGGACCUGGGCUGCCACGCCUCAGCCCUCAGCGACUCCGGCCACGCCUCGCCCACAGCUACGCCCACACCCUCGACGAUCGCUCUCCUCCUCACGCCCACGCUUCUCAUUCUCUUCUUCGGGUCUUGAUAGUAAAGUGUGUGUGUGUGUGUGAGAAAUUGGACCUUAGCUUCAACCUCCCAAGACACUUCGGGGAACUUUGGCCCAUAAACUGGUAGGAAAUUGGUGUGUGUGUGUUGAUGGGGGUUG